UAAAUUCUUCAAACCAAAAACAACGCUUUAAGGUUAGACUUGAUGAAAAAAGUCAACAUCACAGUGUUCCUGACCCUCCUGUAGAAUUAUCUGAUGCGAUGAAAACACUGGCGAUUGAUGACCCAGGGGAUUCUAAAGACACUGGUAGCGAGGCUGAUGAUGAGAAGAUGUCACCUGCACGUUACAGCAUGGACACAGUAACCGAGUCACUCAAAGGAGAAGAAGCCGCGGCUCCUUUGUUUGAAAAGACAGAGGAAAAAGUAACGGAAAGUCCAAGUGUUAUGGAGAGUUCAGAAAGUUUAGGCAUUUUAAAGGUUUCAAAAAGUGCUACCGAUGAACCAGAGAAAAAAAUCGGCAUGGUUGAUUUUGCGGGACAGUGUUCAUAUUAUUCCUCACACCAGAUUUUUCUGAGUCCACGAGCAUUCUUCAUUCUGGUGCUCAAUAUGGAGAAAAACUUUGAUGAAAUGGUAGGAGAGGAAGUGUGUAGCCAGGAACGAUCCAUUUACAGAGGAUAUACACACAGAGACUACCUUACAUUUUGGACAAAAUCUAUUCAUCAGUACAGCAGCGAAAAGGCUCCCAUUUUACUGGUUGGUACUCAUGCUGAACAAAAGACAGAUCAGGAAAAAGUGGAAUUUUUCUUUGAGAUAUGGAAGACUUUGGAAACAAAAACUAAGUCUUUGCAGAAACAUCUUGACAGCAAGAGAGAAUUUGCCAUAGGAUUCCACGAGAAUGAAGGCAUUGAAAAAAUCAAGGAGUCGAUUGUUGAUGUUGUUCGGAAACUUGAUCACUGGGGUAAAAUGCUUCCGCAUUCCUGGGCUAUGUUUGAAAACUUCUUUCAGGAGAAGAAAUACCUCAAAAUAAUUAAUAAAAGAAUACUUUUAGGUUUCAAUGAAGCAUUACCACAGGACAUUAAGUUAGAGACAGAAGAUGAUAUCAAUACCAUGCUGCAGUUUUUCCAUGAUAUCAGAGAAAUUUUGUAUUUCAAUCAAGAAUUUCUGAGAGAAAUGAUUAUUCUAGAUGUUCAGUGGUUUGCAGAUGCAUUUAAAAAGUAA